AUGUCUACAUCGGCUCCCCUCGAUGGCGUCGAGAGCUUCAGAGCGUGUCGGGCCUGGAUACGUAUUUGGGAUCAAUAUUGUAGGCAUCAUCUACCUACUAUUGGCCCCCUAUUUACAUAUACCGACGGCAGUCAACGGUGCGUUGGGCAGGUUCGGCCUGAUAGUAUGACUGCUCCGGUCAAGGUUCACUCAGACAAGAUCUGGCACGGUAACAUCAAAAUUCCGGGACGAGAAGUCUCGGGCCCUAUACACUUUAAGGGCAUUAUAAUCAGGCAUGUUCGCGCAGAGAAGCCAAUCGACGACGACGAUGACUAUCAUUAUCUCGAGCUGCCGCUGAAAGGGCGUCUUAGUUGGUACUUUACACGCUUUUGGAUGGUUGUGGAACAAUUCGACAGUAGCGAGGUUCAUGAUGAGGUUGGUGAAGCUCUGGUUCUUGGAAAGGGGAGUAACACCUUCAGUGAAUCAGAGGUCAAGACUUUUGAUGUUCGGGUCAGUACCAGGUGUUAA